AUGGCUCAAGACAUGGCUGCUGCCGCCCGUCAAGUUUUUGGGCCCGACCUUGUCGUUGAAACAACCCCAACUGGUGUUCGCUUUCCGAUGGGUUUAGGAAUGGGUUCAGGAAAACCACGAACGAGAAGACCAGGACAGGGUUUCGUCGACGACUAUCUAAAAAACCCCACGGAAGGAGACGCGUUCCUCCCAAAUGCCACCAACGACUCGUUCUCGAGGUCGACACAGGCAGGUCUUCUGCGAGACAGAGCCGACGAACUCGUGAAAGCAAAAGACUACGGUAAUGCGGUCAAAAUGUAUCUUUCGGCAGCAGAAAAACUCUGUCAGGCCUCUUUACCGACGCGACGAGUGCGCUCGAAGAUUUACAUGGAUCUCGAGCUCGAAUGGGACGCCCAAGACGUCAUGGGCUGCCUCACUGAAGCCGGGGCUACUCUAGUGAAAAUGGGCAAGUACGCAGAGGCCCUCUUUUGGCUCUGCGAAGCACUGGACACCCAUAGAAAUAUGCGUUUCGUCACGCUCAAGGACAAAGUGGCUUUCGAUUGGUUCAACUCGCACGUCGGCACCAAGCAGCACUUCAAGCAGGUCUACACCACAUACGACGCGAUCGCCGAAGCUUAUCUCAAGCUAGGAAACACCGGGGGUGCGACGUACUACCAGUGGCAAGCGAGCGUCAACUCGGAACCGGACAACAUCCCCGCCGAGUUCCGGCCUGACGACCUUUCCGAGUUCAAGCGCGAGGGCCAGAAGAAGGUCCAGAAGGUGCUGACGCAUCGCCACCCGGACCCCAAGUUGGCUGCGAGGCUUGAGAUUGUGGAUCCCAAAUCUCAGGUACAGGGAUCGUGGCGACGCGUCGAGAUCAAGAAUUCUGGCGCCUAUUACGUCGCGUAUGGGCGCCGCCGUGUUCUCGCCGGAGGUGAAAAGUACCAGGAUGGUCCUUACUACCGCGACUUUUGCCGGCUGAAGCUAUCCAAGCCCGUCAAGUGGGAGGUGCUGCCCUCUGUUCCCAUCCCCUCGAGUCGCUUGGUGUCGCUCACGACGUUUCGCAUGGUGGUCGAUUCGAAUGACAUCGCGUACUACUUCACUGGCUGUCUUGAUCUAUUCGCAUACAACAUCAAAACCCGCAAAUGGGGCACGUUCCGGACGUCUUCGCAUCCCUCUUGGACAUAUCCUCACAAGCAGAUGCACGACCAGUGGCAGGACUCGGUAGUUCACUGCGUCAACGAUAAGAUUUACGUCUUUGGUGGAACGACUGGUGCUUCUAAGCUAGGCACUAAUCUACUUCUCCAACUCAACCUCUCGACGCGCGUUUGGCGCAAACUCAGCGGCGAGCUUUUGCCAAAGGAGCCCUCUCAUCUCUGUCCUGGUCCAAGGAUCAACGCCUCCAGCUGGGUCUCGAAAGGGCAAGACAAAAUAUUCAUCUUGUAUGGUGACGCUAAUCGAAUGUCGGCGAAGCUGUCAGGACAGGAGCACGGUGCGAUGACUACCUACGCGUACGACGACCUCUGGAGCUGGGAUAUUCGCGAGGAGCGCUGGACGAGGGAGAAAAUCAUCGGGAAUGCGCCGUCGCCGCGUACGGAGAUGGCCGCGGUGUACAACCCGGUCCUCGAUAAGGUCUUCACGUUCGGCGGAUACUCUCCCGUCGUUCCGACGGUCCAUGUGGACAACAACAACGAGUGGUUCGGGUACUCGUACUAUGCUGAUACCUUCGUCUGCGAUUUCCACCCGGAGAGCGCGUUCGUGGACAAGCAAAAGCCUGCUGCUGGUGGCUCCGUCUCGUCUGGUCGUCGACGACGAGGUGUGCCUGGGCACGGGUAUUACCGCUUACGCUCUUGCUGGGAAAGCCUGGGAUGCACGAAGAUCCGACGCCUUUGGUUAUCCGCUGACCCAGUCUACCUCUCUGAAUACUAUAAAGCUGGUGCGAAGCUGGAUGCGAGUGCACAGAGCCAAGACCCAACUGGAUUGCCUCUGAAUCUCUCUGAAUCGCCUCUCAAUAAGACCCCUCACUGGCACAACGUGCAAGCACCAAUGAAGCCUACCUCUUCCAUCACCCUCCUAGCCGUCUUUCUGACGUCGGCGGCGGCUGUUGCCUUCCCCAGCGCGGAGCAUGCUCUCGAAAGUGCGGGGUAUCUACUGAUUGUCCCCAUCUCUGAUGUCGCGCAACUUUCCUAG